CGCCACCUUACAUUUACCAUUCCUUCAUUUAUCCAACAGGACUUUGCAAAGAAUGAGCUACAAAGCAACAACUGAGAGAGGUAAUAAGAACAGGAUCCUGCGUCAGGAUGACUCGGGUACAUACUACAAAGAUAUUGUAUUCGUCCCUAGUGGGACACUUGCAAUGAAGGACGCCCAGGCAGCCACCCUCCGUACCAGCACACAUGAGGAUGCUAGCAAUGUCAGAGAGUUUUACAAAACUGUUCUAGCUAUGCCCAGGACGGUGACUAAGCAAGUGAAGAAGAAAGAAAUGAAGAGUCAGCAGCAAACAAAACGAGAAAGAAAAAAAUCAACGGUAUCAGAACUAAUUACAACGUCAGGACCUAAUAGAGAGACAUCAUUGCUCUCAGAAUCAUUACCGCAGUCAAUUAUAUCCUCAAAGACUUCUGCAUCACCGUCCGACGAUAGUACAGAUGUAUCAUCAUCUCCACAUUUACAGGCACUAUCAAAUGAACUACAACGGCCGGAAUCGGAUCCAUCAUCAGAAGAUACAGAAGUCAUCCGUAGGAAUUGGCUGAUUGAAAAGCCCGCUGAAUCCACAAGGGUGGUUGCUAAAGGUCAUAUCCUUUGUGAGUCAUGUCAGAUUGAAGUUCGGCAGGAUGAUCUUGAGAGACACCGCAGGGGUAUUGCGCAUUUAAUGUCAGAAAAAUCCCCUAUCAAACCGCUAGAUACCUUGACACUUGGACAUUCCAAUAAAGGAUUCAGGAUGCUUGUCAACAGUGGGUGGGAUUACGAGAAAGGACUAGGCGCUCAAGGCCAGGGGACACGCCACCCUAUCGCUACACGGCUCAAGCACGAUCGACUAGCCUUGGGUGCAGUAGGGACGAGUAAAAAACUUGUUACACAUACUUUUCAAGAGAUUGAAGAAAGCCGUACAAAGCCCACUGUGAAGUCAAAUAGACGCGUACCUUUGACAUUAGAUGACUAUCGUCGUAAAGCGGAAAAGGAGCGCCGCGAUCGCAUCAAUCUAAUGACAUACAUGAAGAAAUAAUGCCAUAAUCACUUCUUUAUCUACCAUUCAAAACCAUUCUGUAUAUUUUAUGAUAUCUCCAAAU